CUGCAAGGGACUAGAUAUGGUAUGGCAGUUAGAGACAAAGCUACAGUGUUGGGAGGUGGCAGAAGUGGACUGUCGAAGUUGUCUGGGGUCGGCCUUGUUCAUGCCUUCAGAAGGGACAUUCUAGGCUAAGCAGGUUCUGACCCACACUUUCUUCUGAUUCUUUUAUGACUCUACAUCCACACUCCUCAGGAAAAGCUUCUUGUCUUCUAUGCCUGAGGUUACCAUUGCUUCCCAGAACGAAGAAACUCACACUUCUGGGUGCUGUGGACCACGCCUGUGCUCCCAGCUACUUGGCAGGAUAAGGCAUGAGGAUUAUUCGUUCAAGGGCUGGGAAACAUUUUUUCGAAGUCGGCCUAGUUGACAAGGGCACAAAUCGAGCCUGUGGAAGCCACAGGCUGGGUUAGCGGAAGAAAAGCUAGAGAGCAGCAGGAGCCCACGUCAGCUUCUUCCUCUACUAGUCUCAGCUCUAGGGAGCAUCUCCCACGCCCAGCUCUGCAGGCGGUGCUCCGGCUCGCUCACUGCGCGUGCUCAGCAUCUGGAGGCUGUCUCCAACAAACCCUCAGGCCACGCCCCUCCUCCUGGGUCAAGGCGGAGCUUCAAGCGUCCCUCCUGGUGAUUGGAUGGUGAGGUCUCGACCCCGCGCCUCCCGCUUCACUCCGCCCUCCACGCCGCUCAGACGCCCGGCUCUAGCGGACGCAAUCACUAGCUGGAGCGCACGUCAGCGCGCGCCGGAGCCCCGGGGUGCAGGCCCCGCCCCUUCUCCCUGCUCCGCCCCGCCCCUCGGCCUCUCUCUCUCAGUGCUCGGCCCCGGGGCUCUCAGCAGCAGGGCAUCCGCGCUCCGCGGCCAUGGAGAUUCCUGGGAGUCUGUGCAAGAAAGUCAAGCUGAGCAAUAACGCGCAGAACUGGGGGAUGCAGAGAGCAACCAAUGUCACCUAUCAAGCCCACCAUGUCAGCAGGAAUAAGAGAGGGCAGGUGGUGGGGACCAGAGGUGGCUUCCGUGGUUGCACAGUUUGGCUGACAGGAUUGUCCGGAGCAGGGAAGACGACCGUGAGCAUGGCUCUGGAGGAGUACCUGGUGUGCCACGGCAUUCCAUGCUACACUUUGGACGGUGACAACAUCCGCCAAGGACUCAAUAAGAACCUGGGCUUCAGUCCUGAGGACAGAGAAGAGAACGUUCGCCGCAUAGCCGAGGUGGCGAAGCUGUUUGCUGAUGCUGGCCUAGUGUGUAUCACAAGCUUCAUAUCGCCGUACACACAGGAUCGCAACAAUGCAAGGCAGAUUCACGAGGGUGCAAGCUUGCCCUUCUUUGAAGUUUUCGUCGAUGCUCCUCUGCAUGUUUGUGAGCAGAGGGAUGUCAAAGGACUCUACAAGAAGGCACGGGCAGGAGAGAUAAAAGGCUUCACUGGGAUCGAUUCUGAGUAUGAGAAACCCGAGGCCCCGGAGCUGGUGCUGAAAACGGAUUCCUGUGACGUCAACGACUGCAUCCAGCAGGUUGUGGAGCUUCUUCAGGAACGGGACAUUGUCCCUGUGGAUGCAUCCUAUGAAGUAAAAGAGCUGUAUGUGCCAGAGAAUAAACUUCACUUGGCCAAAACUGAUGCAGAAGCCUUACCAGCCCUGAAAAUCAAUAAAGUGGAUAUGCAGUGGGUGCAGGUUUUGGCAGAAGGUUGGGCGACUCCUCUGAAUGGCUUCAUGAGAGAGAGGGAAUACUUGCAGUGCCUUCAUUUCGAUUGUCUUCUGGAUGGAGGCGUCAUCAACUUAUCAGUGCCUAUAGUUCUGACAGCUAUGCAGGAGGACAAGGAGAGGCUGGACGGGUGCACAGCGUUUGCUCUGGUGUACGAGGGCCGCCGCGUGGCCAUCCUGCGGAAUCCUGAAUUUUUUGAGCACCGGAAAGAGGAGCGGUGUGCCAGACAGUGGGGAACAACAUGCAAGAACCACCCGUACAUCAAGAUGGUUCUGGAACAAGGGGAUUGGCUGAUUGGAGGAGAUCUUCAAGUCCUGGACCGGAUUUACUGGAAUGAUGGUCUUGAUCAGUAUCGCCUUACCCCUACGGAGCUCAAGCAGAAGUUUAAAGAUAUGAAUGCUGAUGCUGUCUUCGCAUUUCAGUUGCGCAACCCAGUGCACAAUGGACAUGCUCUGUUAAUGCAGGACACCCACAAGCAGCUUCUGGAGAGGGGCUACCGGCGUCCUGUCCUCCUCCUCCAUCCUCUUGGCGGCUGGACGAAGGAUGACGAUGUCCCUCUGAUGUGGCGUAUGAAGCAGCACGCUGCAGUGCUGGAGGAGGGCAUCCUGAAUCCUGAAACGACAGUGGUGGCCAUUUUUCCAUCUCCUAUGAUGUAUGCUGGGCCAACCGAGGUCCAGUGGCACUGCAGGGCGCGGAUGGUGGCCGGAGCCAAUUUUUAUAUUGUCGGACGAGACCCUGCUGGCAUGCCUCAUCCAGAGACAGGGAAGGACCUCUAUGAGCCAACACAUGGUGCCAAAGUGCUGACAAUGGCCCCAGGCCUGAUUACCUUGGAAAUUGUUCCCUUCCGAGUUGCAGCUUACAACAAGAAGAAGAAGCGGAUGGACUACUAUGACUCUGAGCACCACAAAGACUUCGAGUUUAUUUCAGGAACGAGGAUGCGCAAGCUGGCACGUGAAGGCCAGAAACCUCCAGAGGGCUUCAUGGCCCCCAAGGCCUGGACUGUGCUGGUGGAGUACUACAAGUCCUUAGAGAAAGCCUAGCUGCUGAGCUGGGCACUCUGCCUGGGACGCAUGGCUGAUAACAGACGGGACCACGCAGCCACCGACAGACAGCCCUUCUCUGCGGUUGUCUGUCUGGACACACUUCCUGAAAUCGGGUCGUUUCCCUCCACGUGCAUUGGUUUUGUUCUGCCUUUCAGUUCUGUUUCAAAUUAGUGUAACACCACGCUGACUCUAAUGUAUCUUUUCCACUUAUUGUUAAUGUUCUUAUAAUACGAUUUUAAAAAUCUCGCCUUUUUAUAUUGUAUUUAUGCUUCUGUCUUAAGAUUUUUUUCCAAGCUGAUUUAUUAGUUAUAACCAGUAAUACACACAUCAUCUAGCUUUUCAUUCUUUAAGUAAGGGGGGAAAAAUCACUAAACAAUAAAGUUGGCUAGACUUUGUUUGGGGAAUUUUACAAAUUUUACAAACUAUCUGUAGCAAUUAGGUUUUUUAUUUUACAUUAAAAAUGUAAAUUGAUCCCCCUCUCCCUUGCAGCCCUACAUGUUGAGGUACUCUUGCAAUCUGUGUUAAGUACUGAAUGAAUGCCUUGAUUCAAUAAAAUUAAUUUUUUGACCUAUU